AUGGUUGAAGCCACACUUCAACUUGAGAACGAACUUCUCCCAGAACAUCAUCAAAACUUCAACAAAAACCCACCACAGGACAUGGACAAGCCCAACCCGGCGGAAGGUCCAGAUGCCUUCAGCCGGGUACUUCCUCUUCCCUUUCGAUUACAAUUCGAAUUCAUCCUCGGCUUCUGGUUCUGGGCUCUCAAUCUCCAUGGCUUCCAUCUCCUGAAUAUCGACAUUUACACGCUGAUACACUAUCCCACGCGACCGACACAGGAUGAGCCGUCGCUGCAUGUUUCUACGUACCGGCUUGCGACUCUAUUGAGUGGACUCUGGGCAGGGUCAAUUGUGUUAUUCUGGUUCUUGACGAUGGGCGAUACCGAUCUGGUGAUUGCGUACGACUGGAUUCCGAACUUGUUGUUCUUCGUCAUCUUGGCCGUUUUCUUCCUCCCUCGACUCCCAUGGGCCCGAAGAGUCUUUGGCACGAACAACGCGCACGGCGUUGCGCGAUUGUUCACCGGUCUGAUCCGAUGCGCCCCAGGAGGAAUCGCGAAACCCAAGGGGGAGAAAUUUGGAGAUGUUCUGCUGGCAGAUGCUCUCACUUCGUAUUCAAAGCCCAUUUCGGAGAUUUUGGUUGUGAUUUGUAUGUCUUUGAAGGGGAUGCAUACGACGAAUAAACCGGAUCGCGCUUGUGGGCAUGAGAUUAUUGUGCCGUUGGCGAUUGCGUGGCCGUUUGUGAUUCGGUUGCGGCAGUGUAUUAUUGAGGGGCAGAGGGCGAACGCGUUGAAGUAUGCGACGGCUUUUCCGGUCAUUAUUUUGAGCUCGAUUAGUGGCAAAGAUCCGACGUGGAAGGUGUUUUGGCGUCUGGCAGCUCUCGUCAACUCGCUCUACUCCUUCUGGUGGGAUGUCAGCAUGGAUUGGGAUUUGACACUCCUCUCGAGACAUCGCCAUAAGUCUCCUUAUGGCCUUCGUCAGUACCGGAUUUUCAGGCAGCCAGUCAUCUACUACUUGCUCGUGGGAUUCGAUCUCGGUCUACGUUUCGCGUGGUCAUGGAAACUGUCGCUUGCGCUGGUGAAAUUGGAUGGCAUAGAAGGCGGCAUCUUCCUGCUCGAGAUUCUGGAACUUACACGACGCUGGGUUUGGGUCUACUUCCGAGUCGAAACAGAGUGGGUCAGGUCUAGUGGACCAUCAGGUAUUGCAUUAUAGAGAAUUAGCUUGGACAGAAACAUGGUAACCGCACUGGACAAAUCAGCAGCGACUGAAAGCGACUAUGUUUAGCAGAGAGGCCUCAAAUUUUGCCAAGAUAUGGUAGUAUGGCCGGCACUAAACAAAAUAUCUCAAAGGAGACUCGUGAGUCACCCAAUCGAUCAAGUUCAUGAAUGCUGGCCAGCUGGGUGCCUAGGAUUGAUCAACCUUACCGCUGCCUGCCAAGAAAUCGCCUACGUUGAUAUGGACUCGAACCCUCUUAGGUAUAAAGUUCUCCGUUUCCCCUCC